GGGUGGCUGGAAAGGCGUAUGGAAAAUUGAACGAUGCAAUCUUUGCGCAUACUCCCCACUGCAAGGCAGUGGUUGUAUUGAAACAUAUAAUUGACCAAACGUAGUAAAUGCGGAUUCUUAUUUAUUUUAUUUUUUGGACAUUCAAAAAUGUUAUGUUGAGGAAAGAGGGGAGUUGUCUAGAUUUGUUUUGCACUUUUAACCAGUUCAACGUCGCCUUGAUCGCCAUGCAACCUCAAGUGCAUUUUGAGACCCUGAAGAUCUCUGAAACGCAAGUAGCCCCCCUGCUUCACGCUUUUGACUGUCUCUGCCGAAGAGAUUUUUAGGCUAGGAUACUUUGUGGUGUCGCGAGGCGAGGUGUAUAUAUAGGUGUCCAUCAUCUAUUCCUAAAGAAUCAUGUCAUCUCAUACGAGAGUCAAGAAGGACAAGGAGAUUAUUGGGGAAUACGAGACUCAAGUGAAAGAGAUCCGGAACCAGUUGGUGGAGCAGUUCCGUUGUCUUGAGCAGCAGUCGGAGUCCCGGCUACAGCUUCUGCAGGACCUGCAGGACUUCUUCCGCCGCAAGGCCGAGCUGCAGCUGGAGUACUCCAGAGGCCUGGACAAACUGGCCGAGCGCUUCUCCGCCAAGAUACGCACCUCCAGGGAACAUCAGCACUUUAAGAAGGACCAGAACCUGCUGUCGACAGUGAACUGUUGGUACCUGGUUCUGAACCAGACAAGGAGAGAGAGCAGAGACCAUGCUACCCUCAGCGACCUCUACAACAACAACGUCAUCUUCCGCCUGGCACACGUCGGAGAGGAUGUCAUCAGACUCUUCAAAAAGAGCAAAGACAUCGGGGUGCAGAUGCACGAGGAGUUGGUAAAAGUCACGAAUGAGCUCUACACUGUGAUGAAGACGUACCACAUGUACCACACAGAGAGCAUCAGCGCUGAGAGCAAGCUGAAGGAGGCGGAGAAACAGGAAGAGAAGCAGAUUGGCAAGGCCAAUGAUGUCAGCACCAGCCUCUUGCGCCAUGACGACCGCCCACAGCGACGCAGCUCCGUCAAGAAGAUGGAGAAGAUGAAGGAGAAGAGACAAGCAAAAUACUCUGAAAACAAGCUGAAGUGCACUAAAGCCCGGAACGACUAUUUGUUAAACCUGGCCGCGACCAAUGCUCUGGUGGCCAAAUAUUACAUCCACGAUGUCUCUGACAUGAUAGAUUGCUGUGACAUGGGCUACCAUCCCAGCCUGGCGCGGACCCUGAGGACCUACCUGUCUGCAGAGUACAGCCUGGAGACGUCCCGCCAUGAGGGGCUGGACCAGCUUGAGGGGGCCGUGGAUGCCAUGGAUGUCAGGGGGGACAAACACAGGGUCAUGGACAUGCACAGUCAGAUCUUCUGCCCGCCCGCACGCUUCGACUACCAGCCACACAUGGGCGACGAGGUGUGUCAGGUGAGUGCCCAGCAGCCAAUGCAGACAGAGCUCCUGAUGCGUCACCACCAGCUCCAGUCCCGCCUGGCCACACUCAAGAUAGAGAACGAGGAGGUAAGAAAGACCCUGGAUGCCACCAUGCAGACUCUGCAGGACAUGCUGACGGUGGAGGACUUUGAUGUGUCUGAGGCUUUCCAACACAGCCAGUCCACUGAGUCGGUUAAGUCUGCCUCGUCUGACUCCUACAUGAGCAAGGCCAACGUUGCUAAGAGACGAGCCAACCAGCAGGAGACGGAGGGCUUCUACUUUACUAAAUUCAAAGAGUACCUGAAUGGCAGCAACCUCAUAGUGAAACUACAGGCCAAGCAUGAUCUACUGAAGCAGACGCUAGGAGAAGGGGAAAGGGCUGAAUAUGGAACAACAAGCAUCAGGCCCCCCACUCUUCCCCCUAAACCCGGGAGAAUACGGAAGCCUAGACCUCGCUCCAUUUUUUAUCUUAAACUCUUUAAAGGCAAUAUGGAGGCCUUCAUCAAGGACUCUGGGCAGGCAAUACCAGUGGUGGUUGAGAGCUGUGUCCGCUACAUUAAUCUAUAUGGCCUUCAGCAGCAGGGCAUAUUCAGGAUUCCUGGCUCCCAGGUCGAAGUCAACGAUAUAAAAAAUUCAUUUGAGAGAGGUGAGGACCCAUUGGUGGACGACCAGAGUGACCAUGACAUCAUGGCGGUGGCAGGUGUUCUGAAGCUGUACUUCAGGGGGCUGGAGACCCCACUGUUCCCCAAAGAACGCUUCCUCGACCUCAUGUCUACCAUCAAACUAGACUCUGGUGCAGAGAGAGCUCAUCACCUUCAGCAGAUCGUUGUAACUCUUUCUCGCCCUGUCAUCAUCGUCAUGAGAUACCUGUUUGCAUUCCUCAACCAUCUAUCCCAGUACAGUGAUGAGAACAUGAUGGAUCCCUACAACCUGGCUACCUGCUUCGGCCCGACUCUGAUGCCCAUACCUGAUGACCAUGAUCCUGUGGCCUGCCAGACGCACGUUAAUGAGGUCAUCAAGACCAUCAUCAUCCACAACGAGGUCAUCUUCCCGAGUCAUUGUGAGCUGGACGGACCGGUCUAUGAGAAGUGCAUGGCUGGAGGAGAGGAGUACUGUGACAGUCCCCAUAGUGAGCCAGGUGCCAUUGAUGAAGUGGACAACGGUACAGGACCUCCCACCAGUGACGACGAACUGGAGCAGAUCGAGGCCAUCGCUAAGUUUGACUACGUGGGGCGUACUCCCAGAGAGCUGUCCUUUAAGAAGGGUGCAUCCCUGCUGUUGUACCUGAGAGCCUCUGAUGACUGGUGGGAGGGACGACACAACGGAGUGGAUGGACUCAUCCCACAUCAGUACAUCGUGGUGCAGGACAUGGACGAUGCAUUCUCAGACAGUCUGAGUGGGAAGGCUGAGAGUGAAGCCAGUAGUGGACCCCACCAGGAGGACAGAGACAGGACCUCAUCAAGGAACCAUGACCAUGACCGCAGCUCCCCCUGCGAACACACACAGCAUACCCCUGAACACCGCUAUGGAGCUGCUUUGGGAAGGGUGAGGGUUCGUUCAGAUGGUGCUGCUAUCCCUCACCGCAGGAGCACAGCCGACACCCACAGCCCCACCAGAGGUAUGGACAUGCCCCCUAGGGUCAUACCUCGCCCCUGCAGCCCUCACAAGAUGGCCGUCAGCAGGGGCCACAUGGACAGUCCAGAGAAACGCCAUCUCGGCACGUUCGGCAGCGCAGGAAGUAUCAACCACCCAGACAGGAAGUGCUUCCCCGAUGGCCCCGUCCUCAGAGCAUCCCCCGGCUCCACCCGCCAUGGUAGCCUUGGUGACCACAAAUCACUGGAGGCCGAGGCCCUGGCAGAGGACAUAGAGAAGACCAUGAACACCGCCCUGCACGAGCUGCGUGAGCUGGAGCGUCAGAACGUGGCCAAGCACGCUCCCGAUGUGGUCCUGGACACCUUGGAGCCCCUGAAGCAGCAGCACCCCUCCUCCGGUGGGUCCGGACCCCCCUCUGAGGCCUGCGGCAGCCCCCUCCACACUAACACCAUGGCCAUCCGGGACCCUGACGCUGCCCUACGCCGUAGCAGCUGUUCCUCGUCCGCCGAGACAAUGAGCACCUUCAAACCGACUGCACGGAGGCCCAUCGCCCCCCUGAGGCCGCCACCGGUCAGACCCCUCCGGCCUGCCCCCAUUCACCCGGGACAUGGGCAGCACCGGUCCAGUAGUUCCAGCUCCUCAGGCAUGGGUAGUCCAGCCUCUAUCACCCCCACAGACAGGGUGUUCCCCAAGGCACCAUCCCCGUCCCCCUCCACUUCCUCCUCGUCCUCAGACAAACAGGGUAACAUGUAGCCUGGCUGAGCAGGCUGCAGCAGUCACAGACAGCCCAGGAACUAUAGUAAGAACUGACUGAGCAGGCUUCCCUAUAUAGGACGCUGCGCAUCCACACAUGGGUGUCCUAGAAGGCUAAAAUGAAGAGCCUGUAAAAUAACUGGCAAAAUGUUUUAGGGGGGUUCGUGUUUCUGAAAAUCCUGCUACUGAAGGCAUAUCUAUAUUCCGUAACUCCUUGUUCGUCCAUCCCGAUAUUAUAAUGUGUGGAUAUCUGUAAAGAAACGGUCUGAGACUAACUUUUCUCCAAACCGGCACCUGACUGACUUAUUAACAUCAGAGUCCUUGUCUCUGUGUGAACAAUAUCGACCACUAACUAGUAGGUGGUUGGAUUCAACAUGUAGAAUGAGGGCUGAUUAAAUGGUUUAUUGACAGCUGAACAUCCACCAGUAUUGACUGUGUGCUUGUCGGUGAAGAUUAUGAAUCACUCAGAAGAAACAUGAACCCUACUAUGAUAAUCAUUAUAUAGGAUGUUCCUACUCUCCCCAUGUGGCACAUAACUGCCACAGAACAAACCUGAUCAAAGGGAUGCGCUGGAUAACUCUUUGUUUACUGUUCUAGCCAUAGAGAUACAGUGCCUUCGGGAAAGUAUUCAGACCCCUUGGCCUUUUCCACAUUUUGUUACAUUACAGCCUUAUUCU